AUGCGGGCGAGCGGCUGGGGCCGGGGCUCAGCGCCCUGGCUGGAGGGGCGGGGCCCGGGUCGGGUCGGGGCCUGGGCGGGCCCUAGUUCAGCCCAGAGGCCGGGUGGCGGCCAGUCGCACGCCCGCGACGUCACGGAUCCGACCCCGGUACCCGGAGCGCCCGGGCGCGGCUGUCUACUGCCACAGGCUCCCCGCGGGAAGAGUCGGGAGGUUGUUCCCGGCGGCGAGCGGGCCCUGGCCGCAUCCCGGCCCGACCGGGGAGCCUGGGCGCCCGCAGUCCGGCUGGUGCUCUCACCUUUUCCGAGGGUUUUUCUCUCUUGCGAGUUUUUCUGCAAGAGAAAUGUAUGGUUUGCGUCGGGCUUGUGGUUGCGCGAGCUCCACAAAGAGCGGAGGAGGGAAAGGAGAGGGGGCGGGAAGAAAGAUGAGCGCGCGGCGGGGAAGGGAGGAGGAGGGAAGAGAGGCCGGGCCGAGGAACUCCUUGCAGUUUUGGGCUGUGAGAGCCGAAGCGCACUGAGAUGGGACGCUUCCUGUGGUGUUGAGAACGCACGAAGUCCACAAUGCUUAGACAGAGAAUCUCAGAAAAUCCUGAAUUCCAGCAGAAUGGCUGAUGCCAGCUGGUCUGAAGACCCCCAGAGAGGAACUGACUCAGCACAGGAAUGUAGUCGCUUCAUCUACCUGCCCCAAGACUUCAGCUCUCACUUCUUGACCAAUUAGCAAUCACUACAUGUUAGCCCAUCACUUGUCCAGAUCUCUUAAAAGUCCCAUAUCCAAGUUUUUUGGAGAUGUGGAUUUGAGGUUUCCUCCUGUCUGCUUAUUUGGCUGUUUUAUGAUUAUUAAACUCUUUGCUGCAA